GGCGCUCCGGCUCCUGGUAACGAUGACCGUGGAGGAGCAGGCGCCGCGGCCCCUCCUGCCCGGUGCGCUCAGGCGGCGUUUUCCUCUCCUCCUGGAUGAUGAGGUGCGUAAAAGAGGCGCCAACGCACCGCACCGGGUUGAGGUGGUAGCUAAUGAGCAGACCAGACUAGACAGCCUCUGUCCAAGAAAUCCACGCAGCGUCUUCUCACAGCCGAAGAGAGAGACUAUGAAGACGAGCGGCAGAUUGAGGAGUAAAGAUUCACCUGCGGACUGAGUGAAGAGGCAGGAUGGCGGGGGGUCGGAGGGGACUUGUGGCCCCUCAGAAUACUUUUUUGGAGAAUAUUGUGAGACGGUCGAACGAUACCAACUUUGUGCUGGGAAACGCUCAGAUAGUGGACUGGCCCAUCGUCUACAGCAACGAUGGUUUCUGCAAGUUGUCGGGGUACCACAGAGCAGAGGUGAUGCAGAAAAGCAGCACCUGCAGCUUCAUGUAUGGGGAGCUCACAGACAAGGACACGACAGAAAAAGUGCGACUAACAUUCGAGAAUUAUGAGAUGAACUCGUUUGAAAUACUGAUGUACAAAAAGAACAGGACGCCUGUUUGGUUUUUUGUGAAGAUUGCUCCGAUUCGAAAUGAACAAGAAAAAGUGGUCCUGUUUCUUUGCACCUUCAGUGACAUAACAGCCUUUAAACAGCCCAUUGAAGAUGAUUCCUCUAAAGGCUGGGGAAAGUUUGCUCGACUGACUCGAGCUCUAACAAGCAGUAGAGGAGUCCUACAACAACUGCAGCCGACAGUUCACAAAGGAGAGAACGUCCACAAGCACUCACGCUUAGCUGAGGUACUGCAGCUCGGCUCAGAUCUCCUACCUCAGUACAAGCAGGAGACCCCCAAAACCCCUCCUCACAUCAUCCUGCACUACUGCCUCUUCAAGACCACCUGGGAUUGGGUCAUCCUCAUCCUCACCUUCUACACAGCCAUCAUGGUGCCCUACAAUGUCUCCUUCAAGACCAAGCAGAACAACGUGACUUGGCUGGUGGUUGACAGCAUUGUGGACGUCAUCUUCUUGGUGGACAUUGUUUUAAACUUCCACACCACAUUCGUUGGACCCGCUGGAGAGGUCAUCUCAGACCCCAAGCUGAUUCGAAUGAACUACCUGAAGACCUGGUUUGUUAUCGACCUGCUGUCCUGCCUGCCGUAUGAUGUCAUUAAUGCCUUCGAGAAUGUAGAUGAGGGGAUCAGCAGUCUGUUCAGCUCACUUAAGGUGGUCCGGCUGCUCCGUCUGGGCCGGGUUGCCCGUAAACUGGAUCACUACAUUGAGUACGGGGCAGCUGUCCUGGUCCUACUGGUGUGUGUUUUUGGACUGGCUGCCCACUGGCUGGCCUGCAUUUGGUACAGCAUUGGCGAUUAUGAAGUUAUUGAUGAAGAAACCAACAUCAUUCGCAUGGACAGCUGGCUCUACAUCCUGGCUGAGACAGUGGGGUCACCAUACCGCUUCAAUGCCAGCUCAGGGAAGUGGGAGGGUGGGCCGAACAAGGACUCUGUCUACAUCACCUCCCUGUACUUUACCAUGACCAGCCUGACAAGCAUCGGCUUCGGUAAUAUCGCCCCAACGACAGACGGAGAGAAAAUCUUUGCCGUGGCUAUGAUGAUGAUUGGAUCGCUGCUUUACGCGACCAUCUUUGGUAAUGUGACAACAAUCUUCCAGCAGAUGUAUGCCAACACCAAUCGUUACCAUGAGAUGCUUAACAGCGUUCGGGACUUCCUCAAGCUCUACCAGGUGCCCAAGGGCUUGAGUGAAAGAGUUAUGGACUACAUUGCCUCCACCUGGUCCAUGUCACGGGGUAUAGACACUGAAAAGGUGUUGCAGAUUUGUCCAAAGGACAUGCGAGCAGAUAUUUGUGUUCAUCUCAACCGGAAGGUUUUUAAAGAGCACCCAGCCUUCCGGCUAGCCAGUGAUGGGUGUCUCAGAGCUCUGGCCAUGGAGUUUCAGACCAUUCACUGUGCUCCUGGCGACCUGAUCUACCAUGCUGGUGAAAGUGUGGAUAGCCUCUGUUUUGUGGUGUCGGGGUCACUGGAGGUCAUCCAGGAUGAUGAGGUGGUGGCUAUUUUAGGUAAAGGAGAUGUAUUUGGAGAUGUUUUCUGGAAAGAGGUGACUCUAGCUCAAGCCUGUGCCAAUGUCCGAGCUCUGACCUACUGCGACCUCCACGUCAUUAAACGCGACGCUCUGCAGAAGGUCCUGGAAUUUUACACAGCAUUUUCCAACCACUUCUCAAGAAAUCUGCUGCUCACUUAUAACCUGCGAAAAAGGAUCGUCUUUCGAAAGAUCAGUGAUGUGAAACGUGAGGAAGAGGAGCGACAGAGGCGUAAAAAUGAAGCCCCUCUGAACUUGCCACCAGAUCACCCAGUGCGAAAACUGUUCCAGCGCUUUCGACAGCAGAAGGAAGCCCGCAUAGCGACUGAGAAACCAGAGCUACAUGAACAUGAUAUUGAGAAGGGCCCCAUGUACGUGGAUGUCCAGAUAGCUAAAACAGCCAUUACAACUACCAGCAUCGUCACAGUGACAGAAAGCCCAGCAACACCUUCAUCCUCAGCACCUUCAUCUUCAACACCCCCCAAAUGUUCUCCUUCAGACAAAGCAAAGCUGCAGGUGCCACCUCCUAUUUCUUUAGUCGGAUGCCGGCCUGCUGAACCAGUUAAAGUCAAAGGAUGGGGUCGCUUCAAGGAGUCCAUGGCCAAAGUCGACAACUGGAACAAAGUGUCUAAAGCCGAAUCCAUGGAGACUUUACCUGAACGGACCAAGGUGCAUGAAUCACAGAUGUCUUUAAAGAAGACAGACUCAUGUGACAGCGGUAUCACCAAAAGUGAUCUGCGCUUGGACAAAGUGGGAGACUUCCGCAUGACGCCACAGGACCGCAGUCCUGUCCAGCCCUCGGAGACCAGGCACGCCUUCUACCCGAUCCCUGAGCAAACGCUUCAGGCCUCGCUGCAGGAACUCAAGCUGGAGCUGAAGGACGACCUCAAGAACUUGAAUGUUCGAAUGUCUGGCCUGGAGGCACAACUAACAGAAGCACUUCAACUCCUUAAAGCGAGGAAAUCAAGCACUGGCUCUCCACAGCAUCUUUUUGAUAUUUCUAGACCUGCUUCACCAGAACUGGACAAAGAGGACAUCUUCUCUUGAAGGAUGGAAGAAUCAUCAGGUAACAGUUAACUCAACUCAGCUGGAAUCCAGUAAUAUCCAGAUUACUUGGAUUGCUGAGGCUGCACUGGUCACACCAUUUAAAUGAGGUAACAGUGUUGUCUUUAAGACACACUUUCUCAUAGGGGUGUACCUGUCGGUUAACAAGGAAGUGUCAUGCUGAAAAGUUGAGGUCAUAGCGGUCAAGUGUUCGUAACACUGAACACUCUGAGGUUGCAUAAAAACUGACAGCUCUAUGUUUGUACAUAAAUUUGAUAUAUUUUUCCAUUGUGCUAUAAUGGGAAAAUAGCUUGAGCAGUUUGAUUUUAUCUUGAGUCCAAUAUCUGUUCAGAUUUUGAGUCUCAACAGAAGAACAUAUUUGUAUCUCUAUUGGAAGGCUCCAAUAGAAACAGCAUGAUCCACUGGUUUGUUAUUGAAUCAUUUGUAUGAGAUUCUUUGCAUGCCACUUAAAAUAGACGUGUGCCUCAAAGUGCAGAUGGUGCAUAUUUGAUUAAUUUAGGCUGCACGUUUACUCAUUUGCAUCAUUUCACAGUGACAGUGAAAAAGGACAGUCUUUGCAGAUGUUGAAACAGUCUAAGAGUAAUUUCCUCCAGCAACUGAUGAGCUCUCUUAUUAUAUCAUCUGCCAGGAUCAUUAUGAAUUAUACAACAGAUAACUCCGGCCAAGCAAUCAGAUUUUCAAAAACAUCUUUCAGCAGAGUUUAUCAUUUCCAUAAACCAUGGAUAGAUGUGCUUGAUGAAAAAGGGAAUGCAGUGUUAACUAGUGUGGCAGCAGUCAGCAAGUUAUCCAUAUUUACUGAUAUAUAGUAUUUAUUAUUCUCAUAUAUAAACAUUACAGCCACAUACUUGAUACAUAUAUAUAUGUAUAUGUUGUAUGAGAGCCAUACAUUUUUGGCUUUGAUGUGCACAGUUAUGUAAUGCAGGUGGCUGUGCCCCAUAACUCAUUUUAAACUGACAUGGAUAUAGUAAGGAAUGCUCUUUUAUUAUUUUUAUUAUUUAUUUAUGUGAAAUAAAACAGGCUGUCAUAAAGUGUCAGAGGUUUGUUCUUGGAAACAAACCUAGAUGUGACUGACUCACCGGAGUCAGUUUUUUUUUUGCCUUUAAUGGCCAGUGAGGUACAUUUUUCAGCAGUUAGCAUGCAUAAUGGAAUGUGUCUGUUUGUCCUCACGUUCACUUGAGAAAAAAACAUCAUCCCAUCAUAACAUAAGAUAGAAGCUGACUGUCAAUAAUGGGGAAAAAUCAAAAAUGUGAAAGUCUUUUUGGCGCACAUAUUCAGAGUUUGCAAUGCUGGCAAUCUCUUUCAGGAUCACAACUUCACAAAGCGCAAGGUGACAUCUUCAAAUUGCUUAAUUUGUCUGACCACCAGACAGAAAAAAACACUCAAAACCAUUCAAUCAUGUCAUAAUAGAAAAAUGAAAAACAAGCAUUCUGAAGAAAUGUUUUACAGAAAGAAGUGCAUCAUUCCAUGUAAUUGUCCAAUAUUCAUUACACAAGAAUGCAUAAAACCAUAAUUAAAAUUAGAAUUUUUUGCCUUCUAACAAACUACAUUUCAAAUUCUUUAAAUGAGGACUGUUUCAGAUGUUCUGCCAACAAUUAACUCUAAAUAAAUACUGAAACUAUUACUUUUACCUCUUAAAUGGUGUUGUUAACAAAAAUGUGUAAAUCAAUGCGCUGUCAUUGUCACACAAUCCUAGCAAUAAUUAUGCAUAUUUAGCUGUUAUGAAAAGUAGCAAAAGUCUAAUAAUAUUCAGUAAAUUACUCAUUUUUGAAACAAACUGUUUUUGCAGUUUUAUAGAGUAAUGGGUUUAUGCAGAUUGCUGACAAUGAAGUGCAGAAUAAAUUAGUUGCAGUCAGUAGUCAUACUGUAUUAUAUCACUGAUAUUAAUAGUAGUUCUGCUUGUAUUUCUAAAACAAAGAAUUGUUUUUAACUGCACAGAACUCAGAAGCACCUCUGAUAGAAGCAGGAGCUGUGCUGCUUCUUGCUUAAGUCUAUCUUUAGUAUACAGUGUAAGUAUUCUUUUACAUAGCAAAAAACAGUAACCUCUAUUCUAUAUUAUUUAUUAUUCAUAUGGAUAAUUUAUGUUCCCAGCACGCCUUGUCUCUUAUCUAGACAAAAGACAAGCUGAGAGGAAAAAGACUGAGGUUCUCUUUCUCCAACACAUUCUGUACCCUCCAUUUCCAUCAAAAAUUCAGCCUACUAAAAAUACAUGGGCAUGUCAUAACAGAAAUGAGAACUUGUUUGGGUUACAGCCAGUGUUUGUGAGUCUUUAUGGGUCUGCCUUCACAAAGAAUUCUGAUCUUAGAGGGGGAAAAGCACAGAAAUCAUCUCGAUACAACCUCUAUCACGGAGAAUUCAUAAAGCUGCUGCACACACACGUAAGGUGUUCAGAAAUCAAAGGGAGGGAAAAAAGAGGCCCGACAGUGACACCGAGGGCUUUAGUCACCCGAGUGAAAGAAAGGAUCUAAAAAUUAUGUAAUGGCAGGCACAGUCUUUUAUCUAAGCAACAAAAUCAAUCUUCAAAUGUCUGGCAGCUUCAAAAUUGCAAACAAAUUUGCUACAAAGUUAUUACAUUAUUAUUAUUAUAACACAUUGACUGGAAUAUAUUAUCACAAUUCAAAUUAUGAAUUGUUUCAAAAUCAUAGCUUCGAUCAAAGUGCUGCAAAAAUCUGAUAAUGAUCACUUUUUCCCAGUUAAUGUGUCCUUAUCCAUAAGACUUGGAUUUAAGGUAGUGCUUCCCAAAAAGACCCAAAACUUUUUCAGUCCCGCGCUCAUGAGAGGAACGAUCUUAAUAAAUUCCUCCCCAGCACCACAGGACAAAUCUAGUGAUGUGACUGAGGUUAAAAAUGUUGUAUUUGCAGAAAAGCUCAUUGUGCAGUAUUAUAAAACCUGAGUCACGACAGACCUGUAAACAAUGGUGAUCUGCACAGACGUCACAGUUAACGAGACUGUUGUGAUUCAGGGCAGCUCAUACAGCAGCUAUCAUCUGCAAACUUUUAAUGCACUUGAUUUCCAAGUAGACAUUGUACACAUGAUGCAGUCCUAAACUGAACCACGUAGAACAAGUAACUACUACAAUUAUCUACAUUUACUGAAAAAAGGUGCAAAUACUGCGUACUGGAUCAUUCAAAUUAAAACUGCUACUGAUUUUAUUUUUCUAUUUUUAAAAUCAGCCUUGAUGUAGCACCAAAUAGCUACAGUAGCUUGGCUCUUUUCAAAAUUCUAAUAAUGUCUACUGGCAUUAAAAACUAAAACUCAUUAAUUAAUUAAUUAAUUAACAUUUUGUUUGUUCUAUCAGUACAAAAUCCAAAACAUGAAAACAACAAUUUAUGGUUUCACAGGAAGUUUUGUGCCAAUAGGCAUUUCUCAACUUCGGACACAGCCAGGCUAGUCAUUUCUCUUUGCUUCCAGUCUGUAUGCUAAGCUUAGCUAAUUGACUUCUGGCUCUAGCUUCAUAUAAUGCACACAUGAGAGUGGCAUUGAUCCUCUCAUGUAAUCCUCGAAAAUGAAUAAAUGUCAGACUUAGAGAAGAGUUUUACUUAGAGAAAAGUUGAAGCUUCUGUCUUCUUCUGAACAUAUUUACAGUUUACACAUUAUAGCUCUAGAUUAAACUUUACAUCACAUUACAUAGGGGUUAAAGGUGUAAAUCACUGAAUGUUACGCUGUUUAAUGAACAGUUAUGUUACAGUUUAACCAUAACUGUUCAUUAAAACAAGUGAAAAACUGAUGAAAAAUACUUUGGCCUGCUCUAUUAAUAAAGCAGACAACAAUGCAAACAACGCAAUGUAAUCAGGAGCUGUCUGUCAUUUUUAUUAUCAUCUAUGUGACUCAACCAUACAAAUCCAAUACAGAAAAUAUUUAUUUUCUUUUAAGAGGUUAUUGUUACAUUGUGAAAAAUGUUACUUACGGUGGAAUAUUUUCAUUUUCUGCUGCUGUUUCACUUCACCAGUGACACAAAUGAAUGACAGAACUGGUAAUAUUUGUUAAGUAUAUUUUAAACUUUCAUUUUGAAUGACUUGUAACUUUGGUCUUUUGUGUUGGUGGGUACUCUAUUACUUGACUCUGUGAUUGGUUAUAUUUAAACCGUAAAUUCACUUUUUUACCUUUAAUUUCUUUACUUUUUACAGUAUCUAAUAGGAAUAGUACCAGAUCAGCUUAUUUUCAUAAUAAAAAAUCAAUGAAAAGAUCAAAUCUGCUCCAGCUAAAAAUCCAAUUUUGUGUCCAAUAACAAAGAUAGAGCAGGUGGAGAGUACUUUCAUGUACAUCCAUCUCAGGAGGAUAAAUCUUUUACCAACAUCAGAAAUAUACAGUACUAAAAUGGGAUGUAGGUGCACUCAUUCAUAAACCAGAACCUUAAGAGCAAUAUUUAGUUCUGCGCUGUAACAUUUAUAAACAAAGGU